AUGUUAACACCACAAGUACAACAACAACAAGAACAGCAACAAAGUUAUGAUAUCCAACGAAAUUUCUUGGUUAUACAAACUCUUAGAAUGGAAAUCGCAUUCUUAAUGUCUAAACGUAAUUUAUUGGAAUACGAUCAACAAGAAAUCAGAAAACGUCAAAGAAAAAAUGCCGUGAUGGUGCUGAAAAUGCCGGUGUUGGUGAUGGAAAUACCAGUGGUGAUUGAUAGUCGUUUAUAG